CUUCGAUUUCCGAUUCCGUUUGAACGCGCAGCCUCAUUCGCCGGUGGUGUUCUUCCUUCAGUCGCUCUUUUGCUGAACCUUUCAAGUAAUAUUUUAUUUAUUUCUAAAGAACCGAAAACACUGAGAGGAAUAAUGAAUGUAGAUCAUGAAGUGAAGUUGCUGGUGGAGGAAAUCCAGAGACUUGGCCAAAUGAAUGCUAAUGGCCAGAUGUCUGUGAAGUUUGGCGUUCUGUUCAGUGAUGACAGAUGUGCUAACAUCUUCGAGGCUCUGGUGGGCACCCUGAAAGCUGCCAAGAAGAGAAAAGUGGUCAGUUAUGAAGGCGAACUGCUUCUUCAGGGAGUUCAUGACAAUGUGGAAAUUAUCCUGCUGCAAGCAUGAUGACCACUUUGGGUUUUCCUAACUCUACCAUCUAACCAAUUUUAGUCUUACCCCUUUAAAAUUAUUACUUGACAUAGAUACAGUUUUAAGCAACUACUUCAGUGAUCAAUCUCUGAGUUCUGCUGUUGUUGGUCUGGCACUGUUCAUAAACUAACAAACUCACAAACUAACCUGUGCUGGGCUGAGGUGGUCGCACCAGUUGGUGUGCAGAUGCUUCUUAGUUCUCUACUUGUUUAGACAUAUUUCUUUUACAAGUUAUAAAAACAAACCACCUAAACAUUUUCAGCUUGCUACCAAAACUAUGGUAGACAGGCUUUUGAAUAAGUAAAUGAGCAAAAAGUGGUGACUUCAAGCUAAUAAAAAAAAAACAUUUCCUAACUUGAAGAUCUUCUAAUUGGGGUUACUCAGGUAAAUGCUCUUCUUGUUGAGCAACAAAUUUUUUUAAUGUACUCUCACGUUACUAAAACAAAUGAUUUGUUUUUUUCUCAAAGUUGGUGCCUCGUAUUUGUACAGAACCAGAGCUAAAUGAAUUCUUUGUCCAUUUCAAACUAAACCUUAUUAAAAGACAGCAGUAUUUAUUUCUCACACCUACCAAAAUGGCUGCAAAGUACUGUAUGUUUUUUUUCUGAUUUACAAUAAUACACAGAUGAAUGUAGUACUUUUUGUAAUACAUUUUAAACUACUUGGGCUAUAUCACAACCAACUGCCUUUUUUCUUAUAAACCAGGACAAGCUGAGUAAUUUAUAAGAUCCACAUUGUAAAAAUGGUAUGAAGCACAAUCACUAUCAGCAGUGCCUCCUACUUUGUUGUUUUCAUGUUGCUUAAAAAUACAAUAUCAGUAACAUGACUACAUAUCCGGAACCAUCUGCCUUUUACAGGGAUUUUCCUACCUCAAGACUUGGACCUGUUUGUUAGUAAAUUUAGAUCUAAUUAGGACAAUGCUAAAGUUUUAGUAUUUUGUUACUUUGUAGUCAGUGGCUUUCUUAUCAUUGUCAGGUAUACUCUGGCUUGACUUAGUUUUUUUUAGACCAGAUUAGUGUAAUUUUCCUUCUCCAAUACAGGGUGCCAAAUAAUCUCAGGACCAAAAUGUUAUGACCAAAUAUUUAAUGCUCAUAAAAAUUUUAAAGGUGCCAUUUGUUUUCUUUUUUAAUGUUUCAAUUUACUCAGAAAUGUGCUGGCAUCUUGCUUUAUUUGCCAUUGUCCAAAUUUGCUGCCUAUACGUCAGCUUUUUUUUUUCUUUUAAUCCCUGUACUAAAAGGUAAUACAGCAAGCAAACAGUAAAAGCAAACAAAUCAUGCAUCAUUGCUAUUAACACUGGAAAGGUGUUUAUGAGGUAGUUUUUUUGACCAGAAGUUCAAAUUGUUCAUGUAUGUGUGUUUUUCUACUCCUGUAAUAUACAACUGGGACUGCUGUGUUGCUAAUUGCUAAUGUGCAUGCAUGCUUAAAUAACAGAAAUGGGGAGAUGAAAUAAUUUAACAGAAACUGCUUAUGAUGCUCACUGUUGUAUAUGUGGGGACAAAGAAACCUCAAUGUUUUUCCUGAACCAUUCAAAGUGCAUCUUUACUGUCAGUCCUAUAAACCUAGCAAAUGAUUGUAAGAAAUCCAAGGAAUAAAACAUCUCACUUGGGUAAAA